CAUUCAGGCAAGGAAAAAAAGGAUUAACCCCAGAUAAAAUGCAUAGACACCGAAUGCUUCCCACAAAAUGAUAAAAGGGUGCUCUCGAAUUUCUUCCCUUCAGCUUAUCUUGUGAGCCAACUAGACUAGAAUUGCAAUGAUGUCACCUUCAGGAAGCAAUACCAUUUUGACUUCCUUCUUGUGACCAAAGCCCGCCUUCGCUAGAAUUGAGGCUCAUCCAAAUAUGGUUGCUGCAAUUACCAUGUUUACAGAUUCCUUUUGUCUUUCCUCCUCUUCUAUUUUCUUAAACUCGCACGCUGUUACCACAACAAAAUUAUUAUCCCCGGUUUCUUUGUAUGCAAAUCCAACUGCCCGGCCACGCGAAUGGUUCUCUAUGACAAAUGCUACUAAGACAUCACAUAAUCUUAUCUAUUUCAGGCCAUUCAAGUGUCCCCAACCGGCUAGUCGUUUUCUCAUCCAAUGUAACUCUGUCGACACAGCUAUCUCUCUUUGGUGGGAAGCAGGUAUGCUGUUUUCGGUGUUCAGAGAAAUUGGACUAAAUGAAAAGGAAACCAAUUUACUUUUGGGCAAAAACCCAACUUUAAGAUCAACUUCUUUGGACAGAAUACGUGCCCGGGUUCUUGCUUUACAGUCGCUUGGAAUCAAUGGCUUUGCUCUUUAUCGCUUGGUCAUUAAAUGUCCAAGUGUACUCAUUGCUCAGGAAAUUGAUCCUGUGAUUAGUUUUGUGCGUGAUGAUUUAGAAGGAAAGGUUGAAGCAGCACAACUGGAACGCCUUUUUAUUACAACAGAAGCGAGAUUUUUGCUUGGUUUUGCUCAAAAGGUUAAACUGCUGCUCCAUCAUGAAGUUCCCCAAGAGAAGAUAGCUCAUGUUCUCAACAAUGCCAACUUGCACAAAGCCAUUUGUUGCAAGUCUGUUGAAGAACUUGAAAGAACCAUAGCUUUCUUGAAACCUUAUCAUGGCAUUGAAAUAAUAGUUAGGCGUCCUGCAAUUCUCAACUACGAUUUGGAUUCUCAGUUGAUUCCAAAAAUUCAGUUUCUUGAAGAGCUUAGCGGAGGUGAUGCAAAUGCCACCGGGACAGUGUUGCGCAAACUGCCUGCCAUUUUGAGUUAUAGUUUGGAGCAUAUGGAGAGUCAUGUGGAUUUCAUGAAAUCAUUUGUCGGUCUUGAUGACCGGGAAAUAUUCAAGAUUAUUCUCGUGUUUCCGAAUGUGGUAAGUGCCAGCAAAGAGAGGAAGUUGCGUCCUAGAAUAGAGUUUCUCAAGCAAUGUGGACUUAAUUCUAAUGACAUUUUCAAGUUCUUAACAAGAGCCCCCUUGUUUGUAGCCCUUUCCUUUGAAGAUAACCUUGCUCAUAAACUUGGAUUUUUGGUAAAGAUUGGAUACGAAUAUAGAACAAAAGAGUUGGCAGUGGCAUUAGGGGCUGUUACCAGAACAAGUUGCGAAAAUAUGCAAAAGGUAAUCGGGCUGUUCUUGAGUUAUGGUCUUUCUUGUGAAGAUAUUUUUUACAUGAGCAAGAAACACCCUCAGAUAUUGCAGUACAAUCCUGGUUCUUUGGAAGAGAAGAUGGAAUAUUUGACAGAGGAGAUGGGCCGAGAUGUUAGUGAGCUACUAACUUUUCCUGCUUUUCUUGGUUACAAGCUUGAUGACAGGAUUAAGCACAGGUAUGAAGUGAAGAAGAAAACAGCAGGGACUGGAAUGUCCCUCAACAAGCUCUUAUCAGAGUCUGCUGACAGGUUCUCAACAACAAAGCAACCAAAAAGUCUGGUUAAUGAUUAACAACUGGAACCAAGACUGAUGCUUGAGAGUGAUUUCUGUAAGUUGUUCAUAGUACCCAAUCAAAAACUUGCUUCUGUUAGUAAUAUCAAUUAUUGUUAAUCUUAAUGAGCCAUUGUGAUUGCACCUUGAUGAUGAGAACUGAAAUAUGGCAACUAGAGGAAAAGUGAUCUCACACCAACUAGGCCAAUCACAGAAGUUAGAAGCUUCUACUUAAGAAAUUUUUAUAGUGGUAAACCUAGUGAACUGAUUUGAUUUGUCCUUAGACAAUUAUAUUAUAGUGGCAAAGAACACAUUUCUGUCGUUUUAA